UAAAAAAUUGCCUUACAUACCACAGUCGACCAGGAAAUCAAUUUCGAGAAUUAAUAAUUAUAAAUGAGUAGAAGGCUAGGUAGCACCAACCAGUAAGCUAUCGUGCAUGGACCGCCUGAUCGCAGCUCAUGCUCAGCGACCGCACACGUCUUUGAAUCCAUCCUCCCCUUCUCCAGUGUUCUCGCAUCUCCUGCUCAUAUAAAGAGCAGAGCACACACCACUUUGCUCAAGCUCUUCUCUGUCCACUCGCCCGCAACAACUCUACUACAGUCUGCUCCAUUGUUCUCUUCUUCAUCAUCUAUUUAGGCUGAAGGCAAGGCCUUUGGUACCAAUAUAAUGGAGGAGGUGGAGGUGCCUUGCUACUUCUUGUGCCCCAUCUCGCUGCAGAUGAUGCGCGACCCCGUGACGCUCCCCAGCGGCAUCACCUACGACCGCGACGGCAUCGAGCGGUGGCUCCUCACCGCCGGCACCUGCCCGCUCACCAAGCAGCCCGUGCCGGCCGACUGCGAGCCCACGCCCAACCACACGCUGCGCCGCCUCAUCCAGUCCUGGAGCGCGCUCCACGCCGCCGACGGCGUCGAGCGCGUCCCCACGCCCAAGCCCCCCACCGACCGCGCCCGUGUUUCCGCCCUGGUCUCGCGGAUCGGCGCCACCGCCACCAGCAGGUCAACGGCGACGCAAGAGAUCCUCGCCGCGCUGCGCGAGCUCAGGGACGUGGCGGCCGAGAGCGAGCGGAGCAGGAAGCUCGUCGCUGCUGUUCCCGGCGCGGUUGACGUUUUGGCCGCUGUGUUCGUCGCGUCGGCGGCGACAAAGUCACAAAGUGUUGCCGUCUGCGACGAUGCGCUCGAGAUCAUCUCCUCGCUCCAGCUCUCGGAGCAGUGCCUGGCCCGUGUCAUCUUCGAGGCGAACGAGGCGCUCGUCGACGCGCUCGUCUCCGUUCUGCAACGAUCCAACACGGCGUCCAGGGCGCGCGCGGCGCUGCUUCUGCAGAACGUGACGGCCGCCAUGUCGCCGAGCAGGCUCGUGUCCCUGUCGGAGCAGGUGUUCCGGGAAGUGGUGCAGCUGAUCCGCGACAAAGUAUCCAAGGCCGCGACCAAGGCGGCGCUGCACGUGCUCGUGGGCGCGACGUUGUGGGGCCGCAACCGCGUCAAGGCGGUGGACGCCGGCGCGGUGGUGGUGCUCGUGGACAUGCUCCUGGACGCGCCGGAGCGGCGCGCGUGCGAGCUGGCGCUGGGCGCGCUGGACCGGCUGUGCGGGUGCGCGGAGGGGCGCGCCGAGCUGGUGGCGCACGGCGCCGGCGUGGCGGCCGUGGGCGGGAAGGCCGUUAGGGUGUCGGACGUGGCCACCGAUAAGGCGGUGCGGGUGCUGCGGUCGGUGGCGAGGCACGCGGCCAAGGCGGCGGUGGUGCAGGAGAUGGCGCAGACCGGCGUCGUGGGCACGCUUUGCGCGGUGGCGCUGUCGGAGCACUACGGGGAGAGGACGAGGGAGCGAGCGCAGGAGAUUCUCCGGCGGCAUGCCAUGUCGUGGAGGACCUCGCCGUGCCUGCACCACCACCUCCGGGCCAUGUACCCUUGCUAACACCGCCACGCCGCCAUUGCAGAGUAAACCGCCCUUGUAGCUGUGAAUAGAGGUGUACAAAGACAGAUAAUUAAAAGUGAGAUAGAUCAAGUCGAAGAAUUCGUUCAAUCGAGUUUUUUUUUUCUGGCUAUUAUAUAUUUAUAUUGGCUU